GGCUAGCCGAAAUGAUUUUUACAAGGCCAAUAGACUAUCACGUCUCUUGACUGGGUUGAAUAUUCUGCACGGCAAUAAGUCAAUUUUAUACGUUGAGUUGAAAAUCGGAAGGUGUGAAAAUUUCUCUAAAAGAUGAACACGUUUCACCAGAUUAGAAUCAUUGUUUUGGUCAUGCUUGGCAUUUCCCUCAGCAACAGCAGUCCGUUGGAGAGACUGAAACGUUCCUUGGACGAUGAAGCAGACAGCCCGUGUAUCCCAGGGGUAUGGGCAUGCCCCGGGCUUAAAGAGCGCAAUAUCAAGACGCUCAGUGAGUCCCAGAAAACCUUCCCCGAGCCGGCCAAGGUCGCCAGUGCCGUAACCGCCAAGAUGGGGGUGGAAGAUAGCCCAAGCCACGAUGCUGCGACACAGGUUGAAGGAGCGAGAACCGAGAACAGUGUCAACACCUAUGACGAUGACCAGUCAGAAGACAGCCCGGACAAAUGUCCCCUCGGAGGCUUGAGUUGUCGCAGAAAACGAAUGCUGAACAGAAUGCUGAAGCACGUGAGACGGGUGGAGAGAUCGGCAAAGAAAUGUCCUCCCGGAAUUUGGGUGUGCUGAGAGAAGUUUGAAUAUUCAUCUCAGAUUAUUUUGACGAAGUGAGCAACAAACCAAACAUUUAAUACCUCAACAACUGGCAUUGUAGUUUCGCUUUUUAACUUAUUAGUUGUAGCUUUCCAAUUCAUUUCAGUUAGGAGAAAUAUAUUUAAGCUUAUUUUAAAGAAAGUACCUCUGUUUAAGGGUUUUAGGAACUAAGUUUUAUUUAUAGCAUUCAUAUCACGGUGGUACUAUUUGUGACAAUUUAUUUAGCCCUUGGGGCAAAAUAUCGCAUUAAAAACAAGGUGGUAACUCAAA